AUGAUGUUUUAUGUAAAGUCAGCAGUUUCUGUCCUGUCGUGUGUAUGGAUUCUGCUGAUAAUCUCGCUGAGCGGGAUCCUCUUCGUCUUCGCCUUGGCCUGGAAAUACAAAUCCUUUAGGGUACCAUCGUCCGACGGAAAAGACUCGUGGUUGACUUUUGCCUUGCUCUGCGGAUCCCUGCUCGCGCACUCGUCCGUCUUUCCAUUCGCAGCACGAGUUUACGCUCUCGUUCAAAUACCAACUUCUAUCAAAACAGAGACGCAAAUUCAAGUGGCAGUUUGGCUCCUUUCCGUUGGAUGUUCCUUGGUGUUUGGAUCGCAAGCGAUUCUAGCGUGGAAACGAUGGAAGAUCCAGAACUCGUAUUUAAAUAUUCGGCACCAAUACCUCGCACUCAUUUUAUGCAUGAUUGUUCUUGUUGAUGUUUCCCAGCUUACUCUGUGGAGCAGCACUGAUCCAUUUCGAUGCUCGGCGACACCGGCGUCUGCUCAAUCAACGCGUUCGGCACCUGACAGCUCGCUCGUCUUCUGCUCAGUCCAUUACCUACCUCUCUGGCUGCUCAGUAAUUUUCUUCAUAAGGGAGUGCUUAUCUUCACCGCAACCGUGUACUCCUGGCGACUCCAGCUUUUGUCCACCUCAAUUUCGAUUCUACGUUCCAUUUCAGGCUGCUCCUUGCUUUCUUCUAGCGCAGCUGUGAUUUCUAUUGCUUUGCUCUCUCCACUUGUUUACAUCGCUAACCAGUCUCCUGCGCUUCAGCACUUGUGCCUUUCACUUGCCAUUUUGCUUGCCAUCGGAAGCACUUCGAUCUUCCAUUUCAUUCCAAAAAUCCUCACAGCGCAUGUGCACAGGGAACAGCAAGUACAAGUGCGGCAAGCCACAAUGGGGGACAUGGCUGGCAGCCCAUUGUUCCCGGAAGUGCACGGCGGCGGACUCAAAAAGGUCAAGAAAACCAGCGAAUUGAGGCGACCUUCCGCGAGUAGUCUCAGUCAGCAUCAGCAGCUUCAAAGUCAGCAGCCCCUCCAAAUGAAUCAAAAUCAUCACAGACGAGAAUCUAGCUCAAUUACAGGGCGAAAUAUUUCGUUUAUGAAUCCUGAUCGUCUUGAAAAUCUUCUCAAAGUUCCGCAAGACUCUCCUCACAAAAAGUCCAUCCGCGUUGGGUCAACCCGAGACCUAAUGAUGAAGGCCCGACAGCACCAUAAAAGCAUGUUCCAAUUAGGCUACACUGCCGCCGGUUACCCUUCCUCGGACUCGCAUAAUUCGCGGAUAGAGAUGUCCAGACAGUCUCAAUGCCAAUCAUCUGCUUCGUCUUCCCGACACCCUCCUCACCAACCUCAAAACAGUCACAGACACCAUAUGAGUAGACAGAACCUGAAAUACAAGAAUGACAAGCAACCUGUUAAUAGUGCCAUUCAACAGCUGGCUAAUCCGCUGAAUACGCGCAUUCGUAAGAGCUUCAGUUUGAACGACAUGAAAGCAUUUCUACGGGACACGAAGCGCUCAGACGCGAUGAUCCUGGAUUCGCGCGACCCUGAGCCCGUGGCUUACACGAGCGAGAAUCUCUUACGGCCGCUCAUUACGCAGCCAGCAACAGUAGAAACGCCGUCAAUCUCGCCAAACUCGACGUCAAGACAGGGCUCUCAGACCCAUGGAACAGCUCCUCUGACGGAGGAAGAGUCUACCAGCCUGGCGUCCAAAAUGUGGCUUACACCCUCCAUUCUCCGUUCAAAUCCCAUCAACUUCAUUCGACUCGGUUCCGUGACAAGUCAAAUGUCCGUCAAACAGACAGACGACCCUGUAAUUAUUUAA